GACAGCGGUGUAUAUCCGCGCAGACACACUCAUUCACACACGCGCCCAUUCACAAUCACAGAUCAGAUUCUUCGUUCUUCCUUUUGCAAAAAGCAUGUCGCGCAUCAGUGUCCCACCAAAGUCAGCAAAGAGUCCUGGCAUCGUGGCGGAGAAGAACUCCAACCCAAAGGUGUUCUUCGAGAUCAGCAUCGACGGCAAGGCUGCUGGCCGCAUUGUGAUGGAGUUGUACGCCGACACGGUGCCGAAGACAGCCGAGAACUUCCGCGCAUUCUGCACGGGUGAGAAGGGAAAGGGCCGCUAUGGCAAACCUCUGCAUUACAAGAACAGCGUGUUCCAUCGCGUUAUUCCAAACUUUAUGUUACAGGGCGGUGACGUCAUUCGCGGCAACGGCACCGGUAGCGAAUCCAUCUACGGGCCGACCUUCCGUGACGAGUCGUUCUCCGGAAAGGCUGGGAAACACACCGGCCUCGGCUGCCUGUCGAUGGCGAACUCUGGACCCAACACGAACGGCUCUCAGUUCUUCAUUUGCACUGCUCCAACACCGUGGCUGAACGGCAAGCAUGUCGUUUUCGGCCGCGUCGUGGAGGGUCUUGAUGUGGUGAAAAUGAUCGAGCGUCGCGGCUCGGAAUCUGGCAAGACCCGUGGGCGCAUCGUCGUCGCUGACUGCGGUGAGAUCGCGGCGGAGAAACCGGAGGUGGUGCAAGCCCCGGCUGCUGCGGUGAAGGUGGUCGCACCGAAAAAGGUGUCCACGCCUCCGGCAGCGGCGCCCGCAGUGGCGAAGAAGCGGGAACGCGACGAAGAUGAGGAUGAGACCCGCAUCGCCCGUCUCCGUGCCAAGAAAGCGAAGCUGGCCGCUCUCCGGUCUAAGGCGGAGGAUAACUAG